GAGUAUCAUUUACAUAAAGAGGAAGCCAAAUAGGUGUGUGUGUAAGGGACAGAGCUGGUAUGAUGUUGUAGGGGCGCAGAUCAGGUUCAUAUCCUGUAACUGACUGCAAAGACAACAAGAAAGAGAAGCUCUGUCUCUCAGUUUGCUGUCCAGUUUGCUUGGUUAUCAUGGACGCCAGUUUCGUGGUGGAAAACAUCUACCUCCUGGUCAUCGUCACCCUCCUAAGCGUACUCCAAAAUGGUGAGGAAAACUACAAGUGUCUCAUGUUGCGAAUAAAUCUUAGAAAUUUAGAAAAUUAUAUUUCCAAUAAUCAUGUUUUUUUGUUUGUAGCUUUUUUUGCCUUGAAGGUGGAGAAAGAGUGCAACAGUCGAAAUAUCCAAACGGCUGCUCUCGAGAGAGUUUCUUGUGCCAAGUAAGUGCCCAUGCACGUCACACCCGUUUUUUUCCAUGUAAGAAAACCUGGGAUUGAGUUUGGAUUAAUUUUGUUUCUUACUGUAACUUACAAACUUUCCAUUAGCUUUCCAUUUCCCUGUUUUUUUACUUUCAUUGAGAGACAGAGGGCACAUAGAAACGGGGGGAGGCUGAUUUGAAUGUGUUCCAGGAAGGCAACAAUGAGCUUUAGAAAAUAUUUUUAACAUCAGGGACAUUACACAUACACUUAGCAUGGAGUGAGUGAACAGUUUCUAACUUGUGUCACUGACAACAAAUCGACAAGUAAAAGUAUUUUAGAAAGUCAAAAUCAAAUAAAUAUUUUUAUUACUCAGGAAAAACAGACUUUUGAUGCAGAGUAAAAAGUUCUCAACAUACAAAGUAAUUUGGUUUAUUAAGGCUUUCUGAAAACACCGCUUGUAACCAACCAAGAGAAUAGAUUUGUAUUGUAGUCAAUGAAUAAUCUAUAAAAGACACAAUCACAAAUCACUGCCCCCACUAGAUCUCUCAGACCUUUAGUUUGUAACGGACAUAAGUUUCUCUGUCAGAACAAAAAGCAAUCCUGCACUUCCUUAUUUUAAAGGAAGUAUCUGAGCCACAUCGUUUCUUGUAGGCCAAGUGGAAAUUUCAAAAUAAAUGUACUAACGGUAGCCUCCUGAAUGUGAUGCAAACGUUUGAUGACAGUUUUAAGGCUGACUUUUCAUAGCUGUUACUCUUGUUUAGGGGCUUUACUACAUUUGUUAAAUGUAACAAAGUGUUUAACCACUUUAAAAACACAAUGAGGUCAAGAACAUUUAAGACAAGUCAGAAAAAUUCAAACUCCCAUUGGUUACAGUUUUCUGGUGAUUUGUCUCCAAACUCUAGACCCUCAUGCACUUAAUUUUUUUAAUGAAUUUCCAGAGACAUGUGGGACUGUUAGGUUUUGAAGGGAAACUCUGUGCAACACAUUGCUCUGACUAUUGCAACUUAUUGCAACAGACGGCACAACUGAGCCUGCUCUCAGAGUGGGAUCAGUUUUUCCUGGACACCAACAGUCAGAGAGCCACAUUAAGUUUUUUUUUUUUGUUUUGUUUUUUUUUAAUCCUGCGUAGUCUUUUAUUUCCUGCUCUAAUCAGGAGUUUUGUAACAUUUCCCGAAGGCAGCAGUAUAAAAAAGGCUCAAGGUCCCCAUGCAGUUGCUUAAGAUUUUCAAUGACAUGACCUUGUAUAAUUUGUACAUCUUUUUUAUAGUCGUAAUUGUAUGGACGCCUACGCGACUUUCCUGGCAGUGAUGUGGUGUGCCGGUGUUUGUCUCAACCAAGGUAAUCAUUAAUCAGCACUGGAAACACUGUGUGAACAGCAGGGAGAUCAAUCAGCUGAGGUCAGGAAGUGUUUAAUUUACACAGUAGGUUGAACCUAUCUAUAUUAUAUUGUAGCUGAGCUAUUUAUGGCAUGUUUUCAGUUUAUACAGUAGGCUGAACCCAGACAUGAAGAUUAGCUGAGCUAUAAUGCUUUCAGUAUGCAGAGACCAAAACAACACACCUACUGUAUGUCAGUAUGUGCUUGUGUGGAUGUGUUUUUCUCUUACAAUUCUGCACGGACUUUAGCUCCAGUUCAGCCUCAUAGGUGUGAGUGGUUUAAAACAGUAAACAUGGAGAUUAUGACUGACCUCCUGAGUGUUGGUUUAGCCCUAUCAAAGGUUGUGAAGGAAAUUUGUACAGGAAGAAUCUUUUUUGGACACCAUUAAACUUUUAAAAACAACAUUAGUCAUGCCAAAGUAUCUUUACCUUCAAAAUGUGCAAAUGAAUCCUAACUUUCACCACUUGAGUUGAGAUACAGACUUUUUUUCAAAUGUUAACCUUUUACUGAAUAAAGUCAACACCGGCUGCUCUUUAGAGCAAAUGUAAACACUUGUUUCAAUAACUUUUUGUUCCUUCGACAAAAGAUGUUUUAACCUAUUGAGUCACAUACUGGCAUAUAAAAGUGGCACUUGAAAAGGAUUGCUGGAAGCGUCCAAUAGUUCCUGGUUCAUCAUGAACAAGCCAACCCUCCAAAGUUGUGUGCUGGAAAUCAAGUUUACUAUACUUGAAGCAAAUCUUAAAUCAAUAAUAAUGAAGAAUCCUAAGGUCGAAGAGAAAUUUAGAGUAAUGAUAAAUAGACUGAGAUAGUUAAAAAAGAUUUGGGAGUGGGAUUGAUGAGCGGAGUAAUCAAUCGAGCUAAAGAAGCUUUUGCCUGUAUUUUUAAAUAACUACAAAUCUGCAAACUGGAAAUGGAGGCUAAUCUUCACCAUUUAAUGUAUCCCAGAAAAAAAGGGGUGCUCAUAUACUUUUGACCAUUGUGCGUCGUAAGAAAGAAAUCAUUUUUCUUUCUAUUGUUUAAAGCUCCUGCUGCUUUUGCUGGACUCAUCUACCUGGUGGUGAGACAGAAGUACUUUGUUGGGUACAUGGGACAAACCUCACAAAGGUAAGAGACAACAACCGACCGCACUGUGUGCACAUUUAUUCAGGUCAUUUUCUCAAUAACGGUUCAUGUCUUUGCAGCACUCCUGGCUACUUGUUCGGAAAGCGUGUGCUCUUCUUCCUGCUCCUGAUGUGCAUUGUGGGUAUUUUUAAUUACCUGUUGGUGCGUCAUUAUGGCAGAGAGUACAAAGACUACGUGGAAACUAUCACCAGUGCAGCUUCUGCUCUGCUCCUUAUCCCUUAAUAGAGGGCACCACAAAACCCAACACAAAAGCUUUUUAGCAACCAAAAAGCUGAAUUAAAAAAUAAAGACUUAAAAUACUCGGCCAGUUUGUGUAUUUGUAGAUGAACUUUUAUUGUGUUUUUUUAAUACAAAAUAUAGAAAACUUCUCACAUAUAAUAUCAU